AUGGACUCAGUUAACAUUAAAGCGGAAACACGAGUACACCAGUUUACAGACUUUGUAAAGACUGUUCUCAAAGGAAAAAAUGUGGAUGACAAUGUACUGUUCAAACUGAUUAAAACAUUGCUAAAAGAUUUUCGAAGAGAUGUUAGAGGAGCGCAAGCAGUGUACAAUACUUUGACGAUUAAAGAAAAGAUGACAGUCUUUGAAGAUUCGGAUCAAUCUGACGAAGAAGAUUCGGAUCAAUCUGACAAAGAAGAUUCGGAUCAAUCUGACGAAGAAGAUUCGGAUCAAUCUGACGAGGAAGAAUCAGCAACCUGA